AUGACCUCACCAUCGCCAGAGAAGAGCGGUAACGCUCAUCACCUCGCCUACUCCCACCUCCCCACUUACCUCACCUCCCCCACGCACCCGAUCGCCCUCCGUACCAUGGAGCUCUCCGACGCCAAACCCUGGUCAUCCAUCCUCGCCGAUCCGCGCAACACCGAGUUCGAAGGCGACGAGGUACCCACGGAGAUGGAACACUCCAAAGCGGUCGACAUCCUGACCAGGCAACGCGAGAGUGCCGCCCAGCCCACCGUGGUCGACGCCCGCACAGGGAAAGUAAUUCGCGGACCGAGCAGGGUAAAUAUGGUCAUCUUGUUCUGUCCUACGGAUAAUGAUGAUGAUGAUGGCGGGCCAACUCAGCAGGUCAUCGGCCUCGGUGGCUUUGGGAGUUUGAAGGACCUUGGCGUCGAAGAGAAGACGGCGGUCCCCAAAGAGGAUAGGGAGGGGAAGAGUCGGGGACCGGGGACGUACCUGAGGGUGGGUGAUGUUGGGGCCAUGGUCAACUACGAGUAUCGCCGACGCGGAUUCGCCGUGGAGGCGAUCCGGAUGGCCAUGGAGUGGGGAUUCCGGAAGGCGAGCGAGGGGGGGUUGCAGUUGGACAAGAUUACGAGCACGACGCUGUUGGAUAAUAGGCCCAUGGUGGAUUUGUUGGAGAAAAAGAUGGGUUGGAAAGGGACGAAGAGAGUUGCGGAGGAAUUGUGGGAGGGUAAGGACGAGAUGUUUUACGAAAUGACGGUUGAGGAGUGGGAGGCGAGGAAGUAG